CGAAACGCUCGUUUUUCUCCAAAGUUGUUGCACUGUACCGCAGUACAGGAGUGAGUGACACUUCCGGAGGAUAAAUGUGAAGCUUCAACAUGAGUCGAGCAUCUGAUCGCUGCUAAAGCGUGUUUAUAGACUGGACUGAUCCGUGAAAAUGCCACUAAAGAGAGAAUGUUUGGUUUUGCUCGUCUUGUCGUGGGUCAGUUCUGUGCGCGCGCAGGAUGAAAACCGCGUGGUGUUUUCUUUGGGAACCUUCCAGAAUGUGAGUGUCCCAGUGAACGGGACGGUUCAAGCUGUUGUUUCCCGGAUUCCUGCUGACGUUUCCUUCAUAACACUGCAGUUUCACACACAACACAGCAAUGUUACACUCUCAUACACACAGGUCCCUCUUUACGGUUUUUCGGUCACAGCAGUGGAUGCUGGACUGUUGUCCAGCCUGAUACCGAGCCAGACCACUCUCUCCUGGUUCCUGAAGACACCCGACGGGAGCAGCGCAGCAGGAGUUGGUGUGAUUCUGCCAUACACCAGCACUGAUCCCGUUCCAGGAGCGUGUAAUCUGGAAUUUGCACUGGAGAUUGAUCCAAACAUCUACCUGCUAUACAACUUGUUUGAGACCACGAUUACCUUUGCACCUGCUAACAUCGGAUAUGAAAGAGGGGAAAGUCCUCCAGCGUGUGAUGUGGACACGGGCUUGAGUACUCGUUGGCGUCUGGUUUAUGAGGUGUAUCAGUAUUUUCUCCCGGAAGGCGACCAAUCGGAGCGGAGUCUGAUCAGCGCUAUGGAGAGAGUGGCCAAUGUGCAGAACCUGCAGGACAACAGCAGAAAAGUGGUGACUUUAUCCUCUCACGACCGGACGCAGUUCUCCUUUAACUCUUUGCCGGGUCAGGGUGUGAUUUUCUCUGUUAUUGUGAGAGAUCCAGUGCUCAACUCUUCGGCGUCCUACAUCCCCGUUCACACCUACGCCUGCAGCUUCAACUCCUCGCUGGACGGAUGCAGCGAUUUAGGGAGAGUUUCGACUAAAGUGUUUUUCACUUUGAUCGGUUUGGCUGGGCUGUUUGUGUGUUUUGUGGGCCAUCGCUUCUUCAAAUGUGAGCUGUUCUGCAUGGGCUUCGGGUUUAUGGCGUUUCUCUUCUUCAUCCUGAUCACCAGAACCACAACGCUGGAAUACGACAUCCGAUUGGCUCUGACAGCGCUGAUGGGCGUGGUCGGGGGCGUGGCCCUGGUGAUGAGCUGGUGGCGGUUCGGUUCGGUCAUGGCCUGCGUGCUGGUGGUCGGACUCAUACUUGGCUUUCUCAUCUCCUCUAUUGCCUUUUUCACUCCACUUGGUGAUCUUCCUAUAUUCCAUAACGAUGCUGUGUUCUGGGUGGUGUUUGCUUGCAUAAUGGUAGUUGUUCCUCUGUUCUUCAUCAGGUGGCCCAGAGAGGGCAAUAUAGUUACAUGUGGAGUGGUUGGUGCGUAUGCGGUGGUCCUGUCCGUCAAUGCCUACACCUACACCAGUCUGUCCUACAUCACGCUGGACGUCCUGAAACGCUUCCUCAACAACAACUUCAGCCGAGCGUUUAUCUCAGUCCCACUGCAGGAUAUCGAUUUCAUCCUGAUCACCGUGUGGGUCGUUCUGGGCGUUUCGGGAAUCGUCGUGCAGCUUUAUCGGGAGAAGACGCGCGCGUUUUUCCCGCCGAGCCCGUACUUAAUGUGGAAGCAAGAACGAGAGCGCCGGAAAACCAACGUUCUGGAUCCCAGCCACCACAAGCCAUCUCUGUCCACUCGAGUCCUGGGACGUAUCCGGCAACUCACGCGGCGCACGGAACCGGCCGGCGAAACCACACCUCUCCUGCUUUAACCCUUGACCUUUGACUGUAGAUCCUCCUGCUCAAACUCGUGGAGAAGCGUUACACUCGGAUCGUGCUCGAUUUUAAGAGCCUGACGACUGUGGAGAAACUCACACAUGAAGCACUAAUGCUGUGUUUGAUCCCGUUGCUGUUCUCUGACCAGGUUUAGUCAUGUUAAUAACCUCUGCUAUAUACAGCAGCUGCCUCAGCCUGAUUUUUAGAUGCAUUUUAGCAGCUUAGAGGAAACAUUAAACUCGGUGCACAUCUUCAGUCCUAUCCGGUGGAGAUUUUUUUAAAUAUUUUUUAUUGUGUCUACUUAGCAUAGGGUCUCUCAGCACAAUGUGCCUGUCCGAACGAGUAAGGGUUUUUAAAAGACAUGCAAUUUAUUUUUCAUGUUCACCACUAAAAUGAAUGUAUGACUGCCGACGGAAUGAACAGGUAUUCAAUAGCAACCACUGGUGUUUGUGUGUGUUUUCUGUGUCUAAGUCCCU